AUGUUCGCUGACGACACUAAAAUUUAUGCUAAUCCCCUGCUGUUCUACGGGACGCUCCGUCAAGACCUGAAGAGGAUUGAGAAGUGGUGUGCUGAUUGGCUCAUUCCCUUAAAGAUAUCGAUUGAAAAGUGUGCUGUUCUUCACCUUGGAGUUAAUAAUCCCCGCCUGCCAUAUGCUAUCUAUGGCACACCAAUCACACUCUGCGCAUCAUACACUGACUUGGGCGUGGUGAUGACUGAGGGACUCGGCUGGUCUGAACAUGUGGACUCUGUUUGUCGCAAGGCUUCGCAGAGAUGCUUUCUCUUCGACAGAGUUUUUGGAAACUGCUCUGUUUCAACGUGUUCCCAACUACUCAAGUCCUACAUAAGACCGAUUCUUGAAUAUGCGGGACCAGUGUGGGAUACCCGUUUCCGGAAAGACUCAGACAGGCUGGAGAAGAUUCAGAGGAGAGUUACCCGAAUGCCCUACGGAUACAGUAGACCUGAUUAUGAAGAUAGGCUGCGCAUCCUUAAACUGACUACCCUUGAACAAAGAAGACUGAGAGGUGAUCUAAUAACUACGUUCAAGCACAGCCGUCUUUAA